AUGACUGAUGCCAAAGACGGCGUUUCACUGUUCGAUCACGCGUCUGGCACUUCCGUUGCUCCUGCUGACACUGCUCCCGCUCUCGACCGCUCACAGUGGCAGACCCGUGAUGCUGCUGCGCGCCUCGCUAUUCGCAACCAUCUGCCGAUCACUGAACAUGCGCAUUUUAGUCAGCACAAGACUGCUAAGGCACUGUAUGAGGCUGUAGUUGCCCGCUACUCUUCCCCAGCCACUGCAGCCCUAGGUCGUCUUCUCCUACCCUACCUGUUCCCCGACCUGUCCUCGUUUACCACCGCUGAGGACCUCAUCUCUCACCUGCGCGCUAGUGACGCUCGCUUUCGUGCCGCCCUUCCAGACGACUUCCUUGCCGAGAAUCCCCCCCCGAUGUACUUUACUCUCUACUUCCUCGACACUCUUUGCUCAGUGCUGCUCGUGGCACUCCUCGCACUCCCCUCUUUGAGGGGUGCUCCCCCUCCCCUCUUGCCCCCUCCUACGCCUCUGCUGCUGCUGUCGACUUCCUUGGUGCUGAGGAGGUCGGGGCUGCUUCCGCUCCUAGUGGGAAGCGCCGCAGCUCCAGGGGCGGCAAGGGUAGCAGGGGAGGUGGAGGUGGCGGUGGAGGGGGCGGUGGUGGAGGCGGCGGGGGAGGUGGAGGUGGUGGGGGUGGUCGUGGGGGUGGAGGUGGUGGUGGGGGCUGCGGUGGUACUGGGAGCGGUGGAGGUGGCAGCGGCAUUAGUGGGGGAGGAGGAGGCGGUGGUGGCAGCGGUGGUGCGGGCUGGAGUGUAA